GUCAGCUGCUCCAAUCCAAUUUUAUUCAGUGAUAAAACCGUUGAGUGAAGACUGGUAUCAGUCUUCACUCAACGGGUAUAACGUAUGUUCAAAAGAAAAAUCAUCACUGCACGAGUUUCCAUUUGUUAGUGAGAGUUUGUUGCUCGUCAUAAGAGUCAUUGUGUGUUCCUAUGUCACGUUCCUGCUCAGUGUUUUUACCUCUCGCCGUUCGAAAACAGAUAUCAUACUUUGGUGAACGCUAGUAGUAUUGAAAAUGGCAACCGCGAAGCGCCAGUUCGAUAAUAGAUCGUCUAAUUGUUUACGAAAAUAUAAGAUAUUUUUUGUCUUUGGCAUCACUAUAUUAUGCGUCCAAGUUUACCUAGCUUACACGUUUUUUGCAUUCGAGAACGAAAGCCGUGGGGUCAUGAAAUCAUCAUCAAACGAAGCUAUAUUGUCUGUUCCUGACAAAUUGGACACCAACACAAUGAAAGGAAGCCGACGCAAUCGGACUACCAGAGUGAAGUUAGAUGUAAAAUUACUGAAUUUUACACCCACUUGUGAAAUAAGUGGCAGAGAAGCUGUGAGCGCAAUCACACGAGCUCAAACUCAGUCAUGCAAGCAGCACAUUGCCAAUGUAACUUGUCUCAGUCAACAGGGUACUCUGUAUCCCAAGAGUUUGAAAUCGUCCUGUCAACACUCGCCGGGUUUUGUUCACAAACCCAAGAAUUUAGGCUGCUUUAAAGAUGACAAAACCCUCAAGGUUUUGACAGGUUAUUACGCCAUUUACAAAAGUGAAAAUUCACCCGAAUACUGUGCUAGUAUGUGCCUACAAUCAGGCUAUGUUUAUUCUGGCGUAGAAUACUCAAUCGAGUGCUUUUGUGGUAUGGAGGAACCACCUCAAGUGCGGCGUUUACCCGACUCAAGUUGUAACAUGAAGUGUCCUGGAAAUCCGAAGUCGUCUUGUGGGGGCUAUUUGACCAUUAAUGUCUUCUGGAACGGGAUACAAAAAUUUAGGGCACAAGAAGCAAAGAAUACCAGUUCGAAGGCAUCUAAAGAAAAGCCUGCUCGGGUAGCAUAUUUAUUGACUGUUAAUGGGAGAGCUAGUCGUCAAGUGAAGCGUCUGAUCAGUGUACUCUAUCAUCCAUCACACUUCUUCUACAUUCACGUCGAUGCGAGACAAGAUUACAUAUUCCGAGAAAUGCUGGAAGUCGAGCGAAAAUGUAAAAACAAGAACAUAAGAGUAGCUAGGGGCGAGGGCCUGCGUCACGCGAGUAUUUGGGGUGGCGCAAGCCUUUUAACAACCCUUUUAACUUCCGCCAACGAGAUGUUGUCUCAAGAUCACAACUGGGAUUUUCUCGUCAAUUUAUCAGAGUCGGAUUUCCCUGUCAAAAGCGAUACGAGACUUACCGAAUUUCUCUCGCUGAAUAAAGGCAUGAAUUUCGUCAAGUCUCAUGGUAGAGAAGUACAACGUUUUGUCACAAAACAAGGAUUGGACAAGAGUUUCGUCGAGUGUGAAGCACGAAUGUGGCGCAUAGGAGACCGCAAGCUACCAACAGGUAUUCAAAUUGACGGAGGAAGCGAUUGGGUGGCCCUGAGUCGAGAUUUUGUUGAAUAUGCCGCUGAUCCGAAACCAGAUCCCCUGAUUUCAGGAUUGCUGAGAGUGUUCCAACAUACACUCUUACCUGCAGAAUCGUUUUUCCAUACAGCUUUGAGAAAUUCACGAUUUUGUGAUACUUAUAUCGACAACAAUCUUCAUGUCACAAACUGGAAACGAAAGUUGGGAUGUAAAUGUCAAUAUAGAGCUGUCGUCGAUUGGUGCGGUUGUAGCCCUAAUGAUUUCAAAUCAGAAGAUUUUGGAAGAAUACGUAAUACCGCCGAUCGUAAUUUGUUCUUUGCUAGAAAAUUUGAACCGACUAUUGACCAGAGAAUUAUAGAUCGUACCGAAGAAUGGAUAUAUCCCUCAAAAGUGAACGCCAGUCAGAAAUUGAAGGGCUAUGACACAUACUGGCAGAGCUUAUAUCAUUAUGCGGAUGUGAGCCCACUGGCUGAUGACACACUGUUGACAAUAUCGAAUUCCUUAGCUCGCCUUACCUAUAAAAAUUUAAACAUUGACCCUGAUAUCUUUAAUCAUAUAAAGUUGCUGGAAACUACCGCAUAUUUUCGAUCGAAUAGUUUUUUAGGGAUAUUGAUUCGAUGCAAUGCAAAUACCAAAGAUUUAGAAAAUUUAGAAUCCUCAACAUUUCAGAAUGAAUUUCCAGAGCAAGUGGAAUCUCUAAUAUCCCUGAAACGUAAUAUCACAAUUACCAAAUCCUGGCAAAAUCGAAUACGUAGCCUUAUCGUCAAUACAGAGUAUGAUCAAAAGGAACAGACAUUCAGAAAUUUGCUUGGAGGAAUCAGUCCGAUAUCAUCACCUAUCCUAGCAUAUGAACUAACAGUAGGUUCUAUUAUCAUGCGAAAUCUAUCAGUCUUAUGGGUUGAUCCCCAUGGGCAAUUGGCAGAUGUUAAUCAAUUACAAGUGGAUGAAGUUGUCUUGUUUGGUCACGUAAAGCCACAAAUUGUGGAACCAUUAGUCAUUGGUACUUGGCAUGUGAUCAUUAUGGCAGAGUCAGACUUGGUGGCUAAACUUAAUUUUCUUAUCACACCAUUGGCAUAUUGGAGGAAUCAAAAGAUCACAUCGAGGAAGGCUCGAGAAAUACACAACGGUCCUAUGAUACCUUACAAAGUAACGCACAACACCAAUCACCGGUGGACCAACUAUCUAAGCUCCUCUACCGCUACUAAUGUCAACUCAGGUUACACAGAGCAGAGAAUAGGCCCAGAACUGGACCGCUGGAUCGAUGCUCUGGUAUCUGAAUAUUAUGGAAUUAAGAAUACAUGCUGGACAAUGCAAAUGUCAAAAAUCCGUGGAAAACUUGAAAAAUGUGGGGAGACUUCUUGGAGUUCGCUAAGUCCCGAUUAUAAAUCAGAUGUAUGUAACUUAUGUUAGGAAAUCAACCGAUUAUGUGCCAUUGCCCAUUCCCAUUUAAAUCUUGAUUAAAUAUUUGUAUGAUCAUCUCGUAGAUAUUUUUAUAAUGACCGUGACUGUAAAUACAUCGUUGUAUUUGUAUUUAUAAAAAUAUAUACUAUGUGCCACUUUUAA